AUGGAGCAAGUUUUAACUGAGGGAGCUUGGCUAAUUCGUAAUGUUCCGAUUUUCUUGAGGGCUUGGACAACUGAUGUUGAACUCAAGAAAGAUGAACUUAAGCAUGUUCCUGUGUGGGUAAAACUACAUGAUAUUCCUCUGGCAGCUUAUACGGAUGAUGGUCUGAGCUUACUUGCUUCUAGAAUUGGGAAACCAAUUUUUGCGAGAGUUGUUAUUGAGAUUGAUGCUAAACAUGAUAUGAAGGAAUCCUUAAAAGUGGCUAUUCCAAAUUUGGAGGGUGAGGGUGUUUCAAAGGCUAUGAUUGGGGUUGAAUAUGAAUGGAAGCCGCCUAGAUGCCACCAUUGUUGUGUUUUUGGACUUGAGGGUGAAACUUGUCCAAAACAUGUUACUAUACCGAAAGAACCAAAGAUGAAACAAAAAGUAGACGAUGAUGGUUUUAUUGAUGCAAAUAAGAAGAAAACUUCUGGGAAUCAGAAGCCGGGUAUCGUGCUGAACAAACCUAAGAAGAAAUUUGAAUAUCGUGUUGUGCAAAGGCCGACUCAGAAACGUGAAAACGUGGAUGAAGUGUUUGAAACAGAUGAAGGGGUGGCAAAACUAAUGACUGGUGGUGUCCAGUCUACAGGGGCAAGCACUCCUGAUUCAGAUGAGUCACAUGUUCAUGUCUCCAAUCUUGAUAAGAUUUGUACCAGUAUCAGAAGAACGUGGAACUGGACUUCUAACGGCAAUCUUUGUAGCAAAGGCACGCGGAUUAUUCUGGGAUGGGAUAGUAAUAUAGUUGAUAUCAUGGUUUUGGCUCAAUCUGAUCAAGUUAUGCAUACUCAAGUUCAUUUCAAAGAUAGUAAGAAAAUCAUGUUUUGCUCGUUUGUUUACGCGAAGAAAUUUUAUAAGGAUAGACGAGAACUGUGGGAUAGUUUGAAGCUUCAUAAAGCUUUUGCGCAUGACAAACCCUGGGUCCUUCUUGGUGAUUUUAAUGCAGCCUUAUAUUUGGAAGAUAAGUCCAUGGACUCUUCUUUAGUUGACAUUAACAUGAGAGAAUUUAAAUCGUGUGUAGAAGAUAUUGAAGUUAUUGAUGUGAAUCGUCCGGGUUGCCAUUUUACAUGGAAUCAAAAACCUAAGAAGGGUAUUGGAGUUCUCAAAAAAAUUGAUCGUAUCAUGGCCAAUGUUUCUUUUAUUCAGACGUUUCCAGUAGCUGUAGUUGUCUUCCACCCCUAUCAAGUCUCUGACCAUUGCCCAUGUAUCCUUAAAAAUCCUAGAUCGGUCUCUCACAAACCAAAGCCUUUUAAAUUUCCUAACUUUCUGGUAUUCAAGAAGGAAUUCCCCGAAAUUGUUAAAAAGUCUUGGGAGCAACAAAUUUUGGGUAUUAAAAUGUUACAAGUGGUUAAGAAAUUGAGGUUACUCAAGCAGCCGCUGCGGUCUUUAUUAGUCAAACAAGGUAAUCUCCAUGAGAAGGUUAAACGGCUGCGCAGGGAGUUAGAUGAUAUUCAAGGUCUCAUUGAUGCUAAUCCUUUGGAUUCUGAGCUGAGAAAUAAAGAAUUGAACUGUUUGAAGGAAUUUCAUGAUGCCAUUAUUGACGAAGAAAGAUUUUUAAAACAGAAAUCAAAGGUUAAAUGGUUGGAGGUUGGUGACUCUAAUUCUGCAUUUUUUCAUAACUCUGUCAAAUGCAAAAAUCAUUAUAGUAGAAUUGAUGUUAUAAAAGAUGCAAAUGGUAUUACUUUUGAGGGAAGGGAUGUUGAAAAAACUCUGGUUGCCCAUUAUGAAUCGUUUUUUGGCCAAAGGGGUGUUACUAACUGUUUGCCUACUAGUGACCUCUUCCUGCAUAAGAUUGAUGACGCUAAAGCUUGCUACAUGAUUCGUCCGUUCUCUAAUGAUGAUAUUAAGGAAGCUAUGUUCUCUAUUGGUUCGUUAAAGGCACCAGGUCCGGAUGGUUAUUCAUCAGAUUUUUUCAAGCACGCUUGGAACAUUAUUGGUAUUGACAUAUGUGAUGCAGUUCAGGAAUUUUUCCAGUCGGGUAAAAUCCUUAAGGAAAUAAACCAUACUUUCUUGGCUUUAAUUCCUAAAGUUCCGACUCCUGAUACUGUUUCUGACUUCAAGCCCAUCACUUGCUGUAAUGUAAUUUACAAAUGCAUUAGUAAGCUUAUCACAACUAGAAUUUUGGAGGGGUUGAAUGGUAUAGUUAGUUUGAACCAAUCGGCUUUUAUUCCAGGGAGAUGCAUUUCUGACAAUAUUUUACUUACCCAGGAAUUGCUUCACAAUUAUCAUCGGGAUUAUGGGCCCCCUCGUUGCGCGUUUAAAGUUGAUAUUCAAAAAGCAUAUGACACGGUGGAUUGGAACUUCUUGGAGGCCAUUCUUAAUGGGUUUGGUUUUCAUCCAGCUAUGGUUAAACGGAUUAUGGUAUGCGUCUCUUCUACCUCUUUUUCUAUCUGUGUUAACGGUAAUUUCUGUGGUUAUUUCAAAGGGAGGAGAGGAUUGAGGCAAGGUGACCCGAUGUCCCCAUACCUUUUUACCCUAGUCAUGGAAAUCUUGACUUCCAUUUUGCAUAAUGCAUCGACUAUAGAUUCUUCAUUCAGAUUCCACGAUCGGUGUGUCAAACAGAGGAUUAUUAAUCUUUGCUUUGCGGAUGACCUUUUCUUAUUUGCUAGAGGGAAAGUUGCUUCAGUCAAAAUGAUUAUGAGUUCUCUCAACCGGUUCAAAGAGAUGUCAGGCUUGCACCCUAGUCUUGCUAAAAGUACUAUUUUUAUGUGCAAUAUUGAGAGGAGAAUUACAAGGAUUCUUAGUAUGGUUCCUUUUCAGCAAGGAGAAUUCCCUAUUCGGUAUUUGGGUGUUCCUCUUAUAACCACUAAACUGUCUUAUAAAGAUUGCAGGGUUCUGACUGAUAAGAUGGAAAAUCGUAUCUCCAAUUGGAAAAACAAGACUCUCUCUUUUGCAGGGCGGCUGCAAUUAGUUCUUUCAGUUCUCUCGGCUAUGAGCAUUUACUGGGCGUCUGUGUUUACUCUGCCAGCUAGAAUUAUCAAAGAGCUUGAGCAAAAAAUGAGGGGCUUUCUUUGGUGCCAAGGUCCGCUGAUGAAAGGUAAAGUGAAAGUCUCUUGGAACUCUGUUUGUCUUCCUAAAGCCGAAGGGGGGUUGGGAGUCCGAAGGUUAAAUGAUAUGAAUAUCAGCCUUAUGACUAAGCAUAUCAACAGUAUCCUAUCAGGUAGACAAUCUUUGUGGGUGGACUGGGUAAAAAUUCAUCACUUGAAAGACAGGAAUUUUUGGGACAUCACGGUUCCAAGUAAUUGUAGUUGGGGUUGGAGGAAUCUUUUGAAAGGCAGAUAUCAUGUGCAACGGUUUUUCUGGUCCAAAAUAGGAGAUGGUAAGACUACAUCGGUUUGGUAUGACUCGUGGUGUGAUCUGUGUCCGUUGGGGAGUUUUAUCUCUCCAUCGAUUAUGAGACAGGCUGGUCUAUCUAUUCAUUCAAAAGUUGCAGAUCUUAUCUCGGAUGGUAAUUGGAAUUGGCCGAAUCACUGGUUAAGGUCUUACCCGGUUUUGAAUCAACUGCCUUCUGUUAACCUUUCAGAAGGUGUUAGGGAUGUCGUUUUGUGGAGAGAUAUUGAGGAGCGCCUGGUCCCGUUCAGAUCUUCUGACGCGUGGGAAUGCAUCCGUAUUCGUGGUGUUCAGGUGAGUUUGUAUAAUCUAGUCUGGUUCUCGCAAUGUAUUCCAAGCCAUGCAUUUGUUCUAUGGCUCGUUUUCAGAAGGAAGUUAGUCACUCAAGACAGAUUAAGGCAAUGGACUAUCAAUAAUGUGGAUUGCAUGAAUUUAAUGUGUUGUUUGCUUUGUCAUAAUAACAUUGAUUCGCAUUAUCAUCUAUUAUUUGAAUGCAAGUACGCGACAGAGGUUUGGAUGAGAGUUAGGGAUAACUCUGCCAUGAACGCCGUGGGAUCUAAUUGGGAUGAGAUUGUGAACUGGUUACUUCCUCGGGCUAGGUCGAGAUCUAUAGCCUCUAUUAUUGGUAAACUCUUGGUUGCGGCUUCUGCUUAUUUCAUCUGGCAGGAAAGGAACUCCAGGUUUUUUAACAAUCAACCGAGGCCUCCGGAGAAAUUGGCUGACCUCAUCAUCAGUGAUGCGGAGGAGGUUGGAGGCGGUGAUAAGGAGGUUGUGAGCGACUAUUUCCCUAACGACGGUUUUCAACGGUGGAAGAAGAUUUACGGAACUACGGAUGACGUUAACAAGGUGCAGUUGGAUAUACGAAUUAGACAUGCGAAGACUGUGGAGAGUGUGAUGAAGAUGUUGACUGAGGAAGGCUCGCUUAAAGGUAUUAGUGUUUGUGAUGCAAGAUGUGGUACUGGAUUGUUGUCAAUUCCGUUGGCGAAAGAAGGUGCUGUUGUUUCGGCUAUUGAUAUUUCUGCUUCUUUGGUUUCUGAAGCUCAGUUUGAGUGA